ACUGCCGAGGUUAUUAUCCCAGUCCAGGCGCGUCUCUCGCUGCUUGUUACUCCGUCCAACUGGGUUAUUAUCACCGGCAGCGUUCGCCUGUGACAGAGAUGCGGCACAUUUUCUCAUUUGCGUUAAAAACGAGCAGGAGGUUCCCACAGUGUCGGUGAGAAUAAAAGUGAAAUAGUGCGAGAUGAGUGUCGGUUUUGUUUUCCUCUCUGACACACAGGCAAGUGGGCAGCCUGACGUGACCGAGGCAGGCUAAUCAGCUUUGGCUGAGAGUGUGUGAAGCCCUGAUGAAUCAACAAGCUGCGUGUUGUCCAUGGCGUCCUCCAGGUGACCUCCAGUGCCUCCAGUCACUCCUGACUACAGCCCCAAUCCCUGUUCCACCAGCAGAGCUCUGCAGGAUGCAGUGUGAGGAGGGGACAGAGUGGCUGGUGGAGUUGCUGACAGACGUCCAGUUGCAGCAGUACUUCCUGCGGAUCCGUGAUGACCUCAAUGUCACACGCCUCUCCCACUUCGACUAUGUCAAGAAUGAAGACCUGGAGAAAAUUGGCAUGGGCCGUCCUGGUCAGAGGAGACUGUGGGAGGCGGUCAAGAGGAGGAGGGCUAUCUAUAAACGCAAGUCCUGGAUGAGCAAGGUGUUUCCAGGGAAACGGCCCGACUCCGACCAACAGCAGCCCCUCACCCCGGGGGCGUCGGCCAGCAUGGCCCCGGCCAAUAGCGAGCCAGGAGCAUCACUUACCUGCCUGAUCAGAGAUGCGGAGCUGCAGCUCUUUGAGCGGCUGGGAGACGGCACAUUCGGAGUCGUCCGGAGAGGAGAAUGGACCGGGCCCAACGGCAGAGUGCUGUCAGUAGCAGUGAAGUGUCUAAAGGGAGGCGUGCUGGAUGCAGAUGGUCUGGAUGAUUUCAUCAGAGAAGUGAACGCCAUGCAUUCUCUGAGCCACCAGAACCUCAUCCGCCUGUACGGCAUUGUCCUCACACAGCCCAUGAAGAUGGUGACAGAGCUGGCCCCUCUCGGCUCUCUGUUGGAUCGUCUGAGGAAGCGUCAGGGUCACAUCCUGAUCUCCUCUCUGUGUGGCUACGCUGUACAGGUGGCAUGUGGCAUGGCCUACCUGGAGCAACGGCGUUUCCUCCACAGGGAUCUGGCCGCCCGGAACGUCUUGCUGUCGACCAACGAAACGGUGAAGAUCGGAGACUUCGGCCUGAUGAGGGCGCUGCCGUCACACACCGACCACUACGUCAUGGAGGAGAGCCACAAGAUCCCCUUCGCGUGGUGUGCUCCCGAGUCUCUGAAGUCGCGCACUUUCUCUCACGCGUCCGACACCUGGAUGUUCGGAGUCACUCUGUGGGAGAUGUUCACCCACGGACAGGAACCGUGGCUGGGCCUCAAUGGGAGCCAGAUCCUCCACAAGGUCGACGUGGAGGCCGAGAGGCUAUGCAAACCAGACGACUGUCCUCAGGAUAUCUACAACGUCAUGCUGCAGUGCUGGAGCCCCAAACCCGAGGACAGACCCACCUUCAUCGCCCUCAGAGACUUCCUCAUCGAGACGAUGCCCACAGACAUGAGAGCGCUGCAGGACUUCGAGGAGGAAGACAAACUCCAGAUUACCAUGAAUGACGUCAUCACCAUCAUCGAGGGAAGGGCGGAGCACUACUGGUGGCGGGGCCAGAACAGGCGAACGCUGCGCGUGGGUCAGUUCCCUCGGCACGUCGUAACGUCCGUCGCCGGCCUGUCCGCCCACGACAUCAGCAGGCCGCUCAAACACUCCUUCAUCCACACGGGACACGGAGACACGGACCCCCACCGGAGCUGGGGACACGCAGACCGCAUUGACAGUCUGUACUUGGGGAACCCCAUGGACCCUCCUGAUGUUCUUGGAAUGGAUCCGAACACAGCCAGGCCGACCAAACUCCCCAAUCGUGCAAAAAAGCAGCCUCCACCUCGCCCGCCGCAGCCUGCUGUUCUGCUGAAGAAGCCGUUCUACGACUCCGUGAUGGACGAUUACGACGACGACGACGAUACCAGCGCCUCGUCGGGGCUGAAGAGGCUGGGCGUGUCUCUGGGCCUCAAGCUCCGCCCCUGGGAGGGGCCCGGCGUGCGCGCGGCCAAGAGCGAGGUGUCGCUCAUCGACUUCACCGACGACAGCUUCAGCUCGGCCACGCCCUCCCCGCUCACAGAGACACGGCAGGCGGAUCAGGACACGCUGCAGGACACACCCUCCAUUUUGGACUGGCCCCUCCCACUGCCGGCUUACGAUGAGGUUACUUCAGAGCUAGAGGAUCAAUCGGAGGACCAGGAGGUGCGUUCCAUCAACAGGGGAUUGGCUGAAGAGGCCUCGGCCCCGCCCAAAGGCUCAGUGGAGGGCAGGAGUGAGUCACAGUCAGCUGAUCUCUUCCAAGAGCUACAGCGAGAGGUGAUGGUGAAGCUGCAGGUUCCCAUGGCGACAGGCCGCUCCCUCCCCUCCUCCCCCCUCCCUGUCCCCCUGGCACCUGUAGGCCCCCACAGACAGAUCUACCUGCCCACGCCCGCCUCCUCCUCCUCCAACUCCUCCUUCCCUUCUUCCUUCGAGGACAAGCCCGUGCUGCCGCCCCGCACCCCCGUCCCGCCUCUGCGUCCGUCCAAGCAGACGCUGGGCUCCCGCUCCCCUCGCCCGCACGUGCGCACCAGCUCCAUCUCCCUGGGCGACGAGGACACGCCCCCUCAGAUCCCACCCAGAGACCACGCCUUCUCCCAGCCAGGCUCCCGCUCCUCCUCCCCCCUCCCGCUGGUGCCGCCCCUGUCCUCCUCGCCCCUCGCCCUGCCCCCUCCUCCCCUCUCCGUCUCCCCUCGCAGGGCGUCCGGCCUCCUAGGCCCCCUCCUGUCCUCCUCCAACUCCCCCUCGUCCUCCUCCUACUCCUCCACUCCUCCCACCACCUCACAGGCUUUGCAGCUCGCAGCCCCAGGCGCCUCCUCCUCACCCGGCUCCUUGCUGGAACCACUCUCCUUCCGGGAGGGGCGGAGUCUGACCUCACUGAUUGACAGCUCCCAGAGUUCUGCUCCCGCCCCCCUGCCAGAGCGCCCAGCUUUUCUGGAAAGAUACGGAGCGGCCAACAUGGCGGCGGUCAAGCCCAUGAUGCAGCAGCCAGGCGGGGGCAAACCCAACUCCUCCUACAACAACAACAACGGGCGAAUCGCAGCUCCCAGCAUGCAACAGGAGCAGAGCCUCUCACAGGUGCAGGGAGCGGUGCACGGUGUGACGGUGGAGGAGUGUCAGGCCGCCCUUCAGAGUCACAAGUGGAACGUCGCUCAGGCCAUAUCCCAUCUGAAGGUGGAGCAGUUGUUUCGGCUGGGGCUGCGGUCCAGAGCGGAGUGCCAGGAGCUUCUGCAGCGCUGUCAGUGGAACCUGGAGCAGGCCAGCACCCUCAUGCUGGACACCUACGGACCGCACCGCAACAGGAAGUGACAGCAGGAAGUCGGAGCUCCAGCGUUACUGACGUCAUCCAGGCCUGCGACCCGACCGAAUGACUCAUCGCAUAAUAAAGCCGGGGACACAGCGAUGCUCCCUGAUGGCGUUUCUCACUUUAAGUACUGUGAACCCCGGACUCCGCUCCCACCUGUGUCACACACAUGCAUGCUCAUUAUUAGCCAAUAGAGCAGCCUGUUGAAUGAGUCACACUAUUUACUUGAACAAUUGAUAUUUAUGAGGUUUUUAACAUGGGUAAUGAGAAUUUAUGUCGCCGCUGACAGCUAAUGCAAACUUUCAUUGGUGCGGGUGUGUGUGUGUGUGUGAGAGUGGCGCAUAUGUGUGUGUGUUUGUCGCAGGUGCUUGUUUGUGCGUGUACAAAUGCGUGAUUACAUUUAUGUACAGACACUGUAAAUGACCAUGCCUUCCACUGUUAAUGAAGUGAAUUACGAUCAGGGAAAUGCGAGUUAAUAACGCGGGUUUAUUCAUGUUAUGUUCAUGUACAGCUGCACUGAUACGAUGCUGUAUUGUAUACAACACUUUAUCGAGUGUGUCGACACACAGGCAGAUAUUUUUGAGGUGCAUCAACUGCUGGUCAGAAAAGGAAAAAAAAAAAACAGAUUUAUCUAGUGAAUGAGGUGAGCAUUAGUAUUAAAUGGUGCAAUAGCAUAUUAUUAAAGUAUAAUAAUUAAUGUAUCCUAUGUGUCUUAAAGUUUUUCAGGCUUUAUAUAUGCACGCUUUCUGACUUGUUUGGAUCAGAAUUUUCCACGUGGUUUUCUUGUCUCAGUAACAGGGAUAACUGUAGAUGAUAAGAUGUCAAAGCAAAUGAAGAGAUUCCCUCCAAAAAGAAAAAAAAAAAAAAAAAAAAAGAUAUUCAUCAUUUGGAAAAAUCUAGCCUUACAAAUCUAAUGAGUGCAUGUGAACGUUGGGUACCAAUUAAAUAUAAUAAAUAUAAAAAUAAUAAGAUUAACUUUAUAAAUGGUUUAAGAAUGGUUUAUAAUUGAUUGUUAAUCAUUUACAAAGUGUUUACAACCCAAUAAACAACCUGAUUAUAAACAGCUUAUUAUACAGUUUUCAAUAUGGGCUCACUAUUUGGCUGAGACUUAACAGAAUAGAUGCUGUGCCGCAGUGACUUGAUCUUGCCAAAUAGUGAGCCUAAAUCAUUACAUGAAAACUGUGUUAUAACUCAUUUAUGGUUGUUUACUGAUGAUUUCCAAUGUGUUUAUGAACUUAAUAUAAUCCCUUCUUAAACUGAUAAUAAAAGUAGUCUUAUUGUGAAGUGGCACUGAAUAUUGAAUCAAAUUGUUUUAUAAGGAUAGUUGGCGCUUAAAUUCUUUGCUGGCGAAAUGGCAACAACUUUUAGAGUUGAUCCUCCAUAUUGUAGGCAUAUUUAAAGGAACAGUUCACCCAAAAUACAAUAACAGAUAUCACUUAUGCAAUCUGCAAGAUUCGCUUUGCUGGUGUUGUCUUUGUCUUUGUCUUGAGCUGUUGAGGUUUUCACAAGUACAUUUCUUGUACUUUGAGCUCCACAAAUGAAUAUAUACAUGCAGCCCCUACUGUAUAGAAGUGAAGGGAGAGCGACUGGAAACCUCAACAAAUCACACAGAACCUGUCUGGGUGGAUUAAUUGCACUGGGCGUAUGUGGGAAAAUAACUUUUGUGUAUUUUGGGUGACCUGUUCCUUUAAAUUUCAGCUUUUUUUUUUUUUUUUUUUGCUGUUGUUUUUCCAAAAAUGGAUAUGUACUGUUUUGGAAAUGAACUCUGCAUAUGUUUAAAAAGACUCUGUAUGAUAAUCAUAAACACAUGCUGAUAUGCAGAUAUUAACCUCUGACCCAAGCAGGUCAGGCUACUGCAGUGUGUGCAUGUGAGUAUGUGAGCGUGUGUAUGAGAGUGUGUGUGUGCACUUACCUAAGCAUAGCCAAGAGAGAGAGAGCAUGUGUGUGUGUGUGUGUGCACUUAGCAUUGUAAUUAUUGUUCUCUCAGAUUAAUGGCACAAAUCCAUCUUCAUAGUGUGUGUGCACGUGUUGAGCAUGUGUAUCAGGCUGGAAAAUGAAUAACAGCCUCUGACCAAAUGCUGUUAAAUUUGGCUUCGGCUGGCGAGGGUGUCCCGCCACAUUGGCAGGUAACCAGGCGCCAUUAGCGUGUUCCCCUCUAUUCCAAACAAACAAAUAAAUAAAUAAAUCUGUCCGGUGGAAUUCAAAUUGAAAACGACAGGCGAGUUUUAGAACACACACGAUGGCAGAUGGACGAAGAUAUUUCCUACUCUUGUGUGUAUGUGUGUGUGUGUAUGUGUGUGUGUGUGUGUGUGUGUGUGUGUGUGUGUGUGUGUGUGUGUGCACAUGGGUGUGUGUGAGCCUCUCCCUCAGUGGCUCAGCCGUUAGCUCCUGUAGUCAGGUUGUUGCAGCUUUCAAGCGCAAAAUGCAAACAUGGCCUCCACUAUUUUCUAUAAUAAAGUGAGAAGUGGAUCCGUCUCAUCUCAGA